AUUCAACGCCCAACUUAUACGCACCAUCCAGAUGUUUUCAGCUUUUUGGACUUUGAGACUUUCGAUUGAAGACAAGUACGAUAUGCGCCAGUUAGUGACCUACCGCGUGAGGAUCAUUUCAGGUGUUUGUGCUUUCAUAUUCUGACGUUAACCGGUUUCUACUGUGACCCACUGGCAGGUCGGUAGCGAACGUCGUCCUUAAAGGCGUAACGGUCCAUGCAGUCGAUAUCGCAGAACAGUUCGAGCGCAGUGACUGCAGGGCAGUUGGACGUGUACACUCGAUCGUGCUCCUACGAUGAUUGGUUCCAUAUGUGUCAACUCCCGGGUGUCCAGACCCUGCCGACCGAUCGCAACGCAGAGCAUUUCUCGAACCUCUUCAUGUCCUCGGGUACGUCAUUCGCGAUGACCCCCGUACGGCGGAUAUGCUGUUCGCGGCGGAAUAGACUUGAGAGCACAGGAAUGGACUGCACCCCUUUCCGCCGCCCCUUACUGCUAGUCUACCACUCGACGUCUGACAUAUACGUUCUCCCCUCUCCCUUGGCAUCGUUCCCUUACCUGCGAUGCCUCUCUUUCACACCCGACGCAGGGAGUACGUCCCAUUGGCUACGAGUCCCACCUCCGCCGAGCCACUCAAGCGUCCCAAACGACGUUACCUCUUCCUUGCCGCCUUCCUCCUCCUCAUUAUCACCUCUUUCGCAUUUAACGUGUUCUUCCUCGUGAGGGCGCAUACUAGAAACUGGACGAACCCGUUAGACAAUUAUCAAGGCUUGAAUCACCAACCGCUAUUAGACGUCUCUGUCUCGACUAGAGUCUCAAAUACCUCUGCGCAUGCGGUCGUGACGACGUUGUACGAUGAUACAUUCGCACCAGCAGUCGCCACCCUCGGACACUCUCUGCAACAAGUAAAUACCAGCGCCCGUCUCAUCGUACUCUACCUCCCAUCCCAAGUCUCCCCUCGCGCCCUCUGUAUCGCCACAGCCAGCGGGUUCGAACCACAUCCCGUCGAAAGGAUCGCACCACCCCACGACGGUCAAGGGGUCUACAUCCACUUCCUCGACCAAUUCACGAAACUGAGACUAUGGACGUUGGACCAAGUGGGGAUCCAAAGUCUCGUCUACCUCGAUGCGGACACGCUAGUGAAGAAAAACUUUGACGAACUAUUCGGGUUGCCGUUCAAUUUCGCCGCAGUGCCCGACGUGUUUUAUAAUUACAGAGGAUACACCCUAGCGUUCAACGCAGGGAUGUUAUUCGUCCGUCCCUCCUCGGCAUUAUUCACACGCAUGCUCAAGCAAUUGCCUUAUGCCCGUUUCCCUCCCGUAGACGCAGAACAGUCGUUUUUGAAUCACUAUUUUGGGAUCGAGGCCGUGCGUUUGCCCUAUGCGUAUAAUGCGAACUUGGCUAUUAAGCGGAGGACGCCGGAGGUGUGGCAGGGAGGGUGGGACGAGUUUAGGGUCGUGCAUUUUACGUUGGUGAAACCGUUUUUGGGGAAGAGGUAUGCGGCGGUGAGGUGGGAUGAUUUGGAGGCGCAUGUGAGGAAGGUGGCGGGUUGGGAGGGGGGCAGGUUUCGGAAUGAGACGAUGUGGUGGGGAGAGACGUUUAAGGGGAUGAAGAAGGUGAGGGAGAGGGAGUUGUCGAGGUGUUGGAUGUUGGAUGAGAAGAUUGGGACAAGGACAUGAGGGUGGUGGGAUCCGCUUUCGGACGUGUGUAUGAUGAGUACGUGGCAAUAACUCGUCGUAGAAUGGGUUUAAAUCAUCGCUGUAGCUUUUAGAAAUUUGUAUCAUACUAUACUCACGUACUCGUUUUUAUUCCUUUUAUUCAUAUACGCAUAUCGCAUCUCGCUCAG